UGGCCUAGCUUUGUCUUCUUCACACAACAGAACCACCUGCCGUUUUGGCGCCCUGAUGCUGUGCACCUUCUCCUAUCACGCCGUAUACGGCUUGGCUUGGCUUCGUCGGAGGGGAUCGACCGGAGCCGUACGCGCGAUCCUCCCGUGCUCUUCUUCUUCCACGUUGCGCGCGUAGCUAGCACCUUCUGCUUGCGCACCACCGUGCCCGUGCAAUUCGGCAGCCACAAGCAUGUGGACCACAACAAACUUCAUCACACACACACGGCCGGGAUGGGAGCAAGCCAGCAAGCAAGCCGUGCGAUCUUCUCUUCUCCCUCCGUUUUCUCUUCCUCUCUGCCUCCACACGUCGGCCUCCCGUUGCUCCGCUUUGCUUGUUCCUCCGGGCUUCUCCCUGCGGUGCGCGUCGCCAGCGUGCUGCACCACCACGGCCACACGCGCCGCCGUGCACGCCCGGCAACCUCGACACCGUCAAGCUCCCUGCUUCAUCUCCGGUCGGCCACCCUGCAAGUUCUCCGCGCGCUGCUCAUCUUCGUCGACGCCCGCUGCUCGUCGCCUCAAAGGCACGCCCUUGUUUCAGCCCAACUCCGCUGCGUCCCAAGGUUCAUCACAUGCAUGCAACGACGACCCCCUCCGCGAUGGUCUACGUUGUCCUCGCGCCUCGGCCAAGCGCCGCGUCGCCGACUCAGCACCACCUCAAGAUCGCCGUCCUCCGCAUGCUGUAGGUUCUGUCCGUGCUCGACGGCAGCAGCGCACACUGGCGCUCUCCGUCUCCGACUGCGUCGUCUACGUCUUCGUACACGAGAGAGCGCACGACACGCCCGAAUGUCUCCGAGCAUGUCUGCCUCCGUCUCAAUGCACAUCACCACACCAUCGGCCUCGUCCGACUCCAGAUCGUGGCAACUGCUCGCCGUGUCCCCGCCUAACUCGAGCGCACCUUCGUCACCGUUCGUCCCGUCUGCGUCGUGCAGCACUGCAGCCAGAAGGACCUCGCUCGUCAGAGACCCCGGCGCCACAUCUGCAGCAGAUCCCAGUCAGUGUCUGGUCAGCAGCACCCAGACCCGCGCGUCAGUGACCCGGGCUCGUUCCCUUCGCAUUUGCUUCUUCCCGGAUAGGAUCGCGAAGUGGUGCGGUGAGAUACGAUGAGUUCUCCGAAUGUUCCUAGGCAGGUAUGAAGUUAUGUUCGAUGAAGACGAGGUUAGCAAGGUUACCCUUCCGGCUUGGCCUGGGCAGGGUUAUGGACACCACUGGUUAUCUUCAGGACUCUUAUUCCAAUUUGUAUCUUGUCCGUACUCGGACGUAUUCGAUCUUCUGUAUGAUUUGAAUCUUUGUAUUGUAUAUUUUUAUCUUGACUCGAUGGAGUCAUUGUUUUAAUAUAUCUAUUCUUGUGGGCUCUAUUGUAAUCCUGUUGUAAUGUUACCGCUCGUGUUAAUUCCUCCGGCAUCACGUGUGUGAUCCGUCGCGCACGUCGUGUCGGAGGGCGUCUCUGGAUCGAUAUCAUGCGGAUUUCGGCGGAUUCGCUGGGAUCCUCAUGGUACCGGUUU